GCCCAGAAUCCCGAGCUGCUGUUCCCACCCCUGGUCGCAUGAAAAAACCACGAGCCGCGCCAGUCGGCCGAAUGACGCCAGGGCGACGAAACGACUUAAUUAACCAUUAAUUGCUGCUGCACAGCGGCUCCUCCACCACCUUGGCUAAUCUCGCUACAACGGAUUAAUCCUCGUCGGAUAUUCGCCAAGGUAACAGCGUAUUCACGCUGAAUUUAAGAAUUCACAAAUAUGGAGGAGGAUGAUAAUGAUGAACUGCUGCAAGUGUCUGAUGAUGAAUCAAUGACUGAGAGUGAAGAGACUUGUCAUUCCCUUGACAAGCCACAUGAAGAACACUCUCAUACUACAUUCAGCUAUGCAUCCCAUACGACUAUUGAAUUCUUUGUUGUCAAAGUGCUGUUGAUUGUUUCAUCGUCCAUUCUGCUGAUAUUGCUGCCAGUGUAUCAGCAGUCAAUGGAUAUAAAGGGCAAUGCAUAUACUAUUUUACUAUUCAACACCAGUUUCAGUCUGCUGCUGAUUUUGGUGGCAUUGUUGUUGAAUCAGAGAUUCUGCCCGAGAAUCAACAACAUUAAGUACUCAAAGACACCUAUUAAGUAUCGAGAACUGCUCUUGGGUGCUGUAUUGUUAGCAGCGAGUGGUUUUCUGAUUGUUUAUGCAUUGGACAAGAAGAGAGUGUUGUGUCACUUGCAAGAUCCUAUGAAAGGACUUCUGUUAGUCUUUUCAUUGAUUUAUUACUUCUUUUUUUGCAAAAAAUUAAUGGGUCUACAGAGAAUAUUUUCAUCGACAACGGUAAUCGUUGGAUUGUUUAUCACAGUUGAUUACGGUCUGUGUAAUGAAUUUCGUUGUCGUGGACAUGAAAGAGAUAAAAAGUCAGACGAUGCUGGCCCAUGGUCAUGGCAAACGCAUUCCUUGUGGUCAGCGCUGUACAUUUUGGGUUUAGCGUUGUUUUCGGCGUUUUAUAUGCUUCUGGAUAGAUGCAUAGUUGCCGCCAGUUUGCAUUACAAUGCCAGUUUAGGUUCACAGUUCCUGUCAACAAUCUCCAGGCUGGUGUCAUUCCAGAGUAACUCGAAUAGUUCCAAUGAAUUAAGGCAACCAUUAACACCGCUUAGUACAGGAACAGCGGUUGGUACAGGUGCAAGAAGUAGCAAAAAAGAAUAUUCUGCAACACACAUUGCACUUUGGUUGCAUUUCGUGUUGUUGGUGCUAGUGAUAUGUGGGUUUUGGGUUGAAUUAUUACCUAAUAUCGGAACAAGUACACAUUUGGGGCACUUCCUAAAUCAAACUUCAGUGGGUUUAGCGUGUGUUUUUACCCUGCCGGAGUUUGGAAAUGCAUCCGCAACGAAUUGCGGUAAUACUUCAGUGUAUGCCUGGGUGUUUUUGCUGAGUUAUGUGAUGUUUAUGCUCUCAUCACUCAGAUUUUUAAUAUUGUGUCAGAGUGCAGUGCAUACAAUGGCGACCAUUAGUGUUGCACUACCACUUUCAGGCAUUUGGUGGUCAUUAUUUAAGACGAUAAAUAUUGAAAAAGGUUUGUUAAUAUGGUACCCAACAAUUUCCGGUGAGUUAAUCUGCGCACUACUGGGUCUUCCAAUCAUAACAAUCGGAUUGGGUUUGCUUGUAAAGUCGCAUUUCUGCGAUUGGCGCACGUCGCGCGAGAUUGACGGCGAUUCCACGCUCCGAGCGAGAUAUCUCGCUUAAGUCCAACCCGAACGACUUCCAUAUUAACUAUAAAAUAUUCUAGACACACCACAAGUAUGUUAUAUCUAUGUUAACUUAACUAGAGCUUUAUUUUAUAGACGUAGCUAGAGUCAAUUGUUGUCUAGACGCAGGCGCCGAGCUUUUGUUCAAUCGUUUAAAAAGAAAAAGUAGUUAAAACAAAGAAACCGCGUAACGCAACGCUUAAAUGUAAAUCGUAUGAAAUUAAGAAAUGUGAUCGACCUCAUUAUACACUAGGAAUAUUCGUCGUCGCGCUUGAAGCGUUUUGAUUUACAGAAGACUGAAGUUUUUUAGCGAAUCGUGCCAAGAAAACAACUCUCGUCACACGUACACUGGUCCUGGCCACCUGUAUGUUAGUCAAUAACUGGAACAAUUUUAAAAUCACGUGACAUAUAUUCCCCGGAAGCGAUAAACGUGGCUAAUUUUAAAACGAAAUGAUUAAAAUAUGUAUAAUCUAAAGAAAACCCGUGACAAUAUGAAUUUUGAAACACGUUUUGAACGUAUAUUUGUAUUUAUACACACAUCUAGUCGGAUUCAAUUUUCAAUCAAAUCAAAAUGUAAGAAGAAACCCCUCGUGCAAUACAUUAUUAAAUGAGUACACAUUUUUAAAAAUACACACACACACAUAAUACAUACAUAAAUCCACACACGCGUAGUUAUAUUAUUGAUAAUUGAUAUGGAAAUAUUAACUAUUGAAUGUUUUUAGUGUGUUGUGAUUACCUGUUAAGAUUUGUAACAGAAGGUUUUACUCGAAACGAUUACAUUGUGAGCGUAGUGUUGUAAUGGUAAUUGUUUCGCAGUGAAGACGCACUAUAAUCGAAGCUGUGAGUAAUAUUGUUGUUAUAAACACUCAAAUAUUUACCCCCCCGGAAUAUAUAUAUACUUAUAUAAUGUGAACGUUUGGAAGCGCCCUGAUCCACUCACACGUUUCAUGAUGAACGUCCAUUUUUAUAAAUGUAAACCGAAAUUUAAUGAGAAUAUUUUACUCCUUGCCGAUGAUAGUAUAUAUAUAUAGUACAUGAUAGAGAAGAUUCAAAAUUAAAUCAGGGUUGAAUAUUCUAACUUGUGAACGAAUGCUUUCGAAUAUUCUCGAAUGAAUUUAUAUGCGCCGUGGUGGGCAAUUGUACGGAAACGUUUAGAAAUGUAUAAAUUAUAAAAAACAUGCUGUGGAAUUACAUUAUAUAAUGUUGUUGCUCA